UAGAAAAACAAAUAUGGCGGAACGGUGCGUAAAAGUAAAAAAAUUGUAAAAUUUCGCAGUAAAACCGACUCCAAACGAGAUAAUUUCGCGUUGAAACCGCGAAAUGCGAAUUGUGCAGCUGGUUAAAUAGGAAACCCUACCUUUGGCGAACCAGGAACUAUUUGUGCGCCGUGCUCUGGUGAUCAAGUGGGUGAUGCGAUGCGAUUUGGCCACCAAUUUGUUAUUACGUGACCUCAACGCCGCAAAAACCAGCCAGGCCAAAACGCGAGUAAUCCUUCACGUGCGGGCAGUGUAAAAGGGACUUGCUAGUGGCGGCAAGUGACUCCAGGCGGCCGCAAUGCGAUUUGACCGCCCAGCGGCAGACCACGAGUUAGCCACCGCCUGAGAUGCCCAGGGGCUUGCCGGCGGGAAUCAGCCAGAGCGACAGCGACAACUAGGACAGCCCCCCCAGAGGAGCCCAUUGAGCCCAGCCAUGUCGGGGGGACGCGACAGCAGCACCAGCAGCGGUAGCAACUCGGCCGCAGCGGGCGCAAGCACGAAUGCCACCUCCUCCGCCUCAUCCAAUGCCUCAUCCGCCACAUCGCCCGCGUCCACGCAACGACAACGCGGACGGCCGGCCAAACGGGCCACUUGCACCUGGUGCGGCGAGGGCAAGCUGCCGCUGCAGUACGUCCUGCCCACGCAGACCGGCAAGAAGGAGUUUUGCUCGGAGACCUGCAUCGCCGAGUUCCGCAAGGCGUACAGCAAGGGGGCGUGCACACAGUGCGACAACGUCAUCCGCGAUGGGGCGCCCAACAAGGAGUUCUGCUCCAUCAUGUGCAUGAACAAGCACCAGAAAAAGAACUGCUCCACCAGGCACAGCGGCGGCUCGGCAUCGGGCAAGGGCCUGGCGGAAAGCGAGCGCAAGUUGCUGGCCAGUGGAGCGCCCGCGCCGACGGGGCCCUUCCAAUACGAGAGCUUUCACGUCUUCGACUGGGAUGCCUAUCUGGAGGAAACGGGUAGCGAAGCUGCUCCUGCAGAAUGUUUUAAACAGGCUCAAAAUCCUCCCAACAACGACUUUAAGAUCGGCAUGAAGCUGGAGGCAUUAGAUCCGCGCAACGUCACUUCCACCUGCAUAGCCACCGUGGUUGGAGUGCUGGGCUCCAGACUACGGCUACGCCUGGACGGGAGUGAUUCACAGAAUGACUUUUGGCGGCUAGUGGACUCCACGGAAAUCCAUGCCAUUGGGCACUGUGAGAAGAACGGCGGCAUGCUGCAGCCCCCGCUUGGCUUCCGAAUGAACGCCUCCAGCUGGCCCGGCUAUCUGUGCAAGAUCCUCAACAAUGCCAUGGUGGCGCCAGAGGAGAUCUUCCAGCCGGAGCCACCUUCGCCGGAGGAGAACCUGUUCAAGGUGGGCCAGAAAUUGGAGGCCGUCGACAAGAAGAACCCCCAGCUGAUUUGCUGUGCCACAGUGGACGCCAUCAAGGAUGACCAGAUCCAUGUGACUUUCGACGGCUGGCGAGGGGCCUUCGACUACUGGUGCAACUACCGAUCGCGUGACAUUUUUCCCGCUGGCUGGUGCGCCCGGAGUUGUCACCCCAUGCAGCCACCGGGGCACAAAUCACGCAUGGACUCUAGCUCCAGCAAGCAGCGAUGCCCGCGUCCCCGCUACACCGUAGUUGCCGAAUCGGAGGCUAUGGUUCCCGCUUCUCCGGCAACCGCCCACUUCCAUCCGAACUGCAAGGGAGGUCCGUUCAUCAACAACUCCAAGCUGCCAUGCAUGGUGACAGGACCGACGUACCAAACGUUGGCCAAGCUGUGCCUGCAGGAGGUUUUGGCAGCUAGCACAGACACGCAACAGCUCUCCAAGCUGCUGUUCGCCUUGGAAGGAGACGUUCAUAUAGUUACGGCAGCUGGAAAGAAUUUCACUGUCAAAAUACCCUCUCCUCUGCGGAUGAAGGAUGACGAGAGCUUGGCCCAAUUUAUCGAGACGUUGUGCACUACAUGCCGGGCAUGUGCGAAUCUCAUCUCCCUGGUCCACGAGACGGAGGAGUGCAAGAAGUGCGCCAACAGUCGGAAGCGCACGCUGACGCAGUCAGCAACGCCGCCUUCCUCGCCAGUGCUUGCCGACAAGCGAAAUCGUCAGUCGACUGCGGCAACUACUCCGCCAUCUGAAAAGAUCAUCAAACAGGAGGUCGGUGCUAAAUCGCCCGUCGAGACCAAGCCGAAAACACCGACGAACAACGGAAAGGAACCCACAAACCAUCAGAACAGCCACAGUCUGAACAACAACAGUGCCAGCAAGCCCAGCAGCACAAAGGUGGUCAUAAAGACAGAGCCCAACGGAGUGACUGCCCAGACGUCCUCCACAACGCAAGCUCUGCGGAAAGUACGAUUCCAGCACCAUGCAAAUAGCAACAGCAUUGUGGCCAAUGGAAACCCGGACGCGAGCCAGACCACGCCCGUUUCCAGCAGCCAUUGCAGCAGCUCGUCAACAUCCUCCACCACAAGCCUGGCCGGAGGAUCAGCCAACGCCAGCUCAAUUGGAAAAUAUCUGGCGCCUCUGGUGGCCGAAGUGCAUCCAGAGCAGGUCAACGUUAAGCCCUCGAACAGCUACUACAAGAGUCCGACGACGCUCUCGUCCAGCGCCUCGUUGCCCACAUCCGUGUCCACGCCUUUCACGGGCUGCCAGUCAGCCUCGUCCACUGCACUGGCUGCAGGCGGAGUUACGGCGGCCAAGGCGGCUACCGCGCCAGCAGGAGCAGCGGCAACUGCGGCUGCUUCCACGAGCUAUACCGCGAUUACCUCACCCCUGAGCACACCCACGUCUGCUUCGGCGAACUCGCAUCUGCGGUCGCAGCCCAUCGACUGGACCAUCGAAGAGGUGAUCCAGUACAUCGAGAGCAACGACAACUCCCUCGCAGUCCAUGGCGAUCUCUUCCGAAAGCAUGAAAUCGAUGGUAAAGCUUUACUAUUGCUAAAUUCAGAGAUGAUGAUGAAGUACAUGGGCCUCAAGCUAGGACCAGCCUUAAAAAUCUGCAAUUUAGUGAAUAAGGUUAAUGGUCGUCGAAAUAAUCUGGCACUCUAAAAUAACACUAACUUGCAAGCUUUGGACUCUGAUCGAGUUGGACUUACAUAGAAAUUGUUAACAAAUUAGUACCUCCCUCUAACGUAAAGCAAAGCAAACAUGAACGAUAUUCACAGAUGUGUUAUGUGUUGGCCAUUCAUGUAGAGAAACCCCUAACCUUAUUUUAUUAUAUUGAUAAUAUAAAAGGAAAAACCGCGCAAAAUUGAAAGAAAUCGCGAAAACAUAAAGUUCCCCAUACAAAACAGUCGCAUAACAACUUAUAGACAGCCAUGCUCCGGUUUUCAAAACCGUUAUUAUUAGUUUUUAUUUAACUGAUCGUGUUUCAUUUUUGGAAAACGCCUUAACAAGUGUAAUUAGGUACCUAAAAUUUAAUAAAAUCCACUACUAUACAUAUUCUGUAGAAGUAGGCGGGAUACUGUGCUCGAAUUAAGCAUGAUUUGUAUUAUAUUCAAAAUUACCCAGUCAAAGAAGUAUACGUUCGUAAGUAAUAUUAAGUUGAACGAGCUAUUUUUAAAGAAGUAAAAUAAUUCCCUAUUUUGUACGAAAACUGUUCAAAUUAUCGAAAACUGGAGCUGCGCAAUGCACUUACAUGAUAUUUAUUACACAUAAACACGCACAUUAGACACCAAAAUCUAUCCGACACAAAAAAUGAUAUUUAACAUUAGAAUAGGGCGAGAAAACAAACAAAUAUAAAGUGAAUGUACAUAUUUUA